AUGAAAGAGGUGCCCAACGCCGCCGUCCUUACAAGAAGACGAUGCUCCUUCCUCUCACUCCCAAGGAAAGCAAGUUCAAGGUUUAUCAACCUUUCGACAUGGCUGAUAAUGGAGCUCAUCAACUCAGUUGUGGCCCAGAUGGCUGAGCUGCAAGCAGAAGUCAAGAGAGCUUUCCCUACUUACCUUGACGGAGCUGCUUUGCUUUGGUUUUUGAAAUUACCUGCAGGAUCAAUCGCUUCCUUCAAGGAACUAGCAAGGUCUUUCAUCGACUACUUUGCAGCAGCACGAAUCUACAUACACGGAUCGGACUACCUCAACACCAUCCGCCAGGGUCCACAAGAAAGCUUGAAGGAUUAUAUGACCAGGUUUAUAGAAGCCACCAUGGAAAUACCUGAUCUAAAUCCUGCCGUCCACCUACAUGCCCUCAAAGCCGGUCUCCGACCCGAAAAGUUCAGAGAAAUAAUCGCGGUUACAAAGCCGAAGACACUAGAAGAGUUCCGGAAAAGAGAAGCUGGACAAAUGGAGAUUGAAGAACUCCGUGAGGCCGACAAAACCGAAAGAAGACCAAGAAGGGAAGACGACAGAAGACCAAGGUCGGUGAGCACUAAAGACCUCGGCAAACCAUUCAAGCUCACCCCAAAAUUUGACAACUACACCAGAUUCAAUACGAAGAGGGAAAAGAUAAUCAAAGAAAUACUCAACGCCAAAAUUAUAAAACCACCAGCAAGAACUGGGAGCUACCAAGAUCAGCGAUUUGUUGACAAAAGCAAACACUGUGCCUUCCACCAGAAGUAUGGUCACACAACCGACGAGUGCGUGAUUGCCAAAAAUCUCCUAGAAAGAUUAGCUUGGCAGGGCCUCCUAGAUAAGUACAUCGAAGGAAGGAAGUAUAAGGAGAGCGACAGGAACAAAGAAGAAUGCCAGCAAACCUCGGCAAGCAAGGACACCAAUAAAUGGUCAAACAACAACCCACCUAAAGGGGUUAUAAACUGCAUAUCCGGGGAUUCGCGGGGGGAGGCGAAACAACCUCGGCACGGAAGCGAAGCUACCAUGCAAUGCUAG